AUGGAUCCUUACGGUGGAGGCUGGCCGGCUUCGCCUUUGCGUGGUGCCGGAACCGGUGCUGGCAUGUACGACAACAUCUCGAACGAUGGGAUGCCGAUGGAUGCACUGGCCGAGCUGCAGGACACGGGUUUUGAGCCUCAAACGCGAGCCCGAUCGAACACCUGGCCGCUGCCGAGGCCUGAGAACUUUGUCGAACCGGAAACCGAGCUGGAUAGCAACAAGUGCAGCACUCAGGCAUUGGCCAACACCGGAUCAAGCAACACGCAGCUGCAGGCGGCCAGUUCGACCUCCGCCAAGAAGAACUCGUCACGACGCAACGCCUGGGGCAAUCUGUCGUAUGCGGACCUCAUCACGCAGGCCAUCAGCUCGGCUAGUGAUAGCCGACUCACGCUUAGCCAGAUCUACGAGUGGAUGGUGCAGAAUGUGCCCUACUUCAAGGAUAAGGGCGACUCGAACAGCAGUGCCGGUUGGAAGAAUUCGAUCCGACACAAUUUAUCGCUCCACAAUCGCUUCAUGCGAGUGCAGAACGAAGGCACGGGCAAGUCGUCCUGGUGGAUGCUGAACCCGGACGCCAAGCCGGGCAAGUCCGUGCGCCGGCGAGCCGCCUCGAUGGAAACGUCCAAGUACGAGAAGCGCCGGGGCCGGGCGAAAAAGCGCGUCGAAGCCAUACGGCAGCAGGCUGCCCUCGGUCUGGCCACCAACGCCCUCAACGAUGCCACUCCGUCACCGAGCAGCAGUGUUAGCGAAGGUUUGGACCUGUUCCCGGAGAGCCCGCUGCACAGCAGUAACUUCCAGCUAUCGCCCGAAUUCCGCCAGCGGGCAUCUUCGAACGCGAGCUCUUGUGGCCGGCUCAGCCCGAUCCAGUCGAUCGUGAGCCUCGAGAACGUCUGGACAUACCCACCGGAUGUGGCCGACCUGGCCGACAACGCCGACCAGCCGCAACCGGACGAGCUGGAGCUCGAUAUCGGCACGCUGGACCAGCUGGCCGGUUCGUUGGCUGACGAGCUGACGCUGCAGCAGAACGAUUUCUUCAAAGGGUUUGCGCAAUCCGCGGCGAUGCACAAUCAGCCGCCGCCGCCACCCUACCAGCCACCCCAGCCGUACUCGCUGAUGGCCUCGGUCGCCCCGUCCUACGGUCUCCCGCAGCAACAGAAUCAGUGCCCGAUUCACCGCAUACAACAUUGUACCUGCAUGCUACAGAAUAACGCCCGCGAGAGCAUCUCACCGGCGUCCGGCACCGGCAUGUCGCCCUCGUAUCCGCACAGUGAGCCAUCACCUGACUACGCAAUGCUAAUUGGAUCUCGCGUAAUACAAAGAACGCCCUCGUCUAGUCCUCCACUAACGCCAAAUAUGAUCUGCGGCUUGAUAGCGCCACCACCGCAGCAAGAUCCGACUCCGCAGACGCUAAUGGGCCAAGUGAUGGAAGCAUUAAACAGCCAAACAAACAUCGAUGAUAUCAACAUCAACGUGGAGUCGUCGUUUCCAUGUGUGGAUGAGGUGCUGAAGCACGAGCUAAGCCUGGAAGGAUCGCUGGACUUCUCGAACCUGCCGCUCUCGAUUCACAACAGCUACGCGGCUCCGAAUAAUUCCAACUCGUCCGACUCGUCAUCCGGAAUCAGUGCGAUGACGGCGCAGACCCCGAACCAACAAACAGCCGCACACAGCCACGGUCAGUACGCGGCCCGGACGAGCGUCACUCCACCAUCUUGGGUGCAUUAA